GAGCGGAGCCGCUGUGCAAGCUCGCUGCUUUGCCUUGCAUCCUGCAACCCGGCCACCGCGAUGGCCCUGCGGGCGGGGGGCGCCCGGUGGCUCCUCGGCGCCGUCUUGCUCUUGGCUCUGCUCGCUGCCAGCACCGCCUCCCUCGGCUGGGACCUCCGCGAGCCCCGCAGCCGGGCCGGCAGAAUCCGUGUGCACCCGCGGGGCAACCUCUGGGCCACAGGUCACUUCAUGGGAAAAAAGAGUCUGGAGCCCCCUGGCUCAUCCCUCCUAAAGACAGCGCCCCACGUCUCUCUGGGGGAGCAGAGACUGCAGCUGAGUCACGAUCUGCUCAGGAUCCUCCUGCUGAAGAAAGCUCUGGCCAUGAGCCCCCGAGGCCCAGCGCCUCACACCCAGGAGGCCGCUGGUGCAAAUGCUGCAGAAGUGAUGGCAUUGGCGAGGAAGACCCAGCAACGUGGCUUAGACUGCGCCCAUCCCGGGACCCUGGAAGUGGCCCCAUCCGGAUGUAAAUUCUGGGCUCAAACCGCUGUCACUCCAUUCCUGUGAUCUGCGGUCGGGUCACCAGGAAUAUCACCAGUGCAAACACAAAUGAUGUCCCUGCUGUAUUUCUUGCUUCCCUGUUGAAGUUGUGAAUAAAGCCCUGCUCUUU